AUGAGUUUCUGUGUGGAUUUAGUGUCUGAGGAUUCCUUUUACGAGAAUAUAACUUUGGGUGUGACGAAGCUCCUAGAGUCGGAUCCAAGGAUUUGUAAUGUGAAUGUUGAAAGAAGGCCUCCCUGCGAUCGCGUGGCCCUCUCAACUUGGGAACAAAGGCACUCCGCGAUGCUCCCUGAUGACCUCAGGAACUUCUACGCUUCAAGCGACGGCUUCCAGCUGACCUGGCACUACAAGUACUCAGCAGACGAGGUACUGCCAGUGGGAUCUAUCAAAGUCAACGCGCUAAACGAGCUCUGCUUAUCACCAGCUCUGAAAGAUUUGCUAGACUUCUCUUUGACAAGGCAACACGCUGGUCCCAGACCCGUUCUGAAUACUAAAAGUAAAGUUUUUGAGCUGGACAGCUGUCGAACCAUCGGAAAAGUAUGCUUGGUCUACACCGGAGGCUCCUGGUCGGUGUGGCUUGCGACCAGAGAAGGAGCGUGGGGCUGGUUGGCAGAUUCCUUUACUCAUUACUUCAGAAUGGCCCUGGUACACCUUGGUCUACCUGGAUGGCAAGCUGCGUUUGCCAAUCUACCCCUCAUCCCUGNACCCCUCAUACCCUGGGCUGAGCAGUUAUUCCUGCUUCUAGCACCACAUUUGCUCGAAAAGCCAGGAACAGAACCAAACUUGAUUGCCGUUUCAAGCGAAACAGGACUCAACCACAUUGACCCAAAUAUUUUUAAAACUUCGGUGCGUCACCAUAAGAAUACAACUCGGCCAGCUAAUCAAUAGUUCUUAUCUCCAUAGUGUACAAUACAAUUAAUUAAAUCAACAAUACAAGUUAUGGCAGGAAUUUCUUCGCUAAACGGAACCAUGGUUAUGGAGCAUGAUAAUAAAUGGCGAACCAGUUUCCCAUUAGUCUUUUGACAACGUCUCUACAA